AUGUCGAUUUCUGGGAUUAAGGUGUGGGUGUUGAGCUUGUUUUCUGGGUGUAUGGCGAGGGUGGGGAGCUUUAUUCACAGGAUGUUUGGGUUAGUGGUGAAGUGGGGUGGCUUUACAAGCCACUACUACACCAAUGCCCAGUUUGAGAUAGUCUUCACCAAGAUGAAUGCUCUUGCAGCAGCUGUUUUCACCAUUCUCAUGGUCUUCUUCAUGGUGGAUGCCCCAGAGCUUCUACACACAAAACAUGGUCUCAAAAUGGUUCUUCUGGAGAUUGUGGAAAUUUCUAGCAUGUCGUAUGUUGUUUUCUCUAUAGCUGAUGCAAUACUCCGACCAAAAUUUCCAGCAAUUACAAUAUUUGGCGAGUUGACAAUAUUAUCGGCAUUUACAUGCCUUCCUUCUUUGUUGGCUGUGCUUUCUGUGAAGACUUCUCUCAAGUUUUGGGUGAUCUCUUUCGUUACUAUGUACUUUCUUCAUCUUAGUGUGCACCUUCACUCUAAGACAGAAGCCAACAACCAGAUUAGAGAUGAGAAUGCAAGGAAUCUAGUCAAUGCUCUAGCCAACAGUGACUCUCCCGCAGCAGCAAACGCAGUAACGGCCAUAGCUCUGUAUGCUGCUCUUUUCCAUCCAGAAGACCCCAAUACAAAGAUACUUGGAGAGAUAGCAAGGCAAAUCAAUCCUGCGAGAGCAUAG